AGAGCGUCGACAAGGUGAAGAACGAUCGUAGCGCAUCCGCACCGAUGCUCCGGGCUUCCACAAUGGCGCGUCAGGCGCUUUGUGCCACCGCAAUCACACGCAACUUCUUCCCCCUUGGCUACUCCUCAGGACCCAAGAACAAGCAGAUCCUCUCUCCACCGAACAACUUGGACGGACGGACGACACAUCACAUGAAAAAGCUGCAGGGCUCCACCGACAAGCACCCUGGGCUGGUGCACCGCGAUAAGCUGAAGCUGCACUGCGAGAGCUGCCGCUUCCAUUGGGUCCAGGACACCCUCGUUGUCCGCUGCCCAGCUCAUCCUGCGGAGCACAACCAGCGUGAGAUCUGGCUGGAGCCGACGUGGACGUGGGGAAAGCAGCAGCCGUACCAAUACUACAAGUACAUGCCGGUGAACAUCAACCCACGCACCCGCAUGCAUUUGGCGCGCGAGGAUGCCAAAGGCAUGAACAACGAGCGGCGGUCGCAAGGCUUGCCGACAAAGACGCGUUUGCUGGAAACCGAGCGUCGCGGCAUCUCACGUGCGAUUACGCAGAUAGGUCACUACAACCAACGGUGGCAGACUCGGUUUCCUUUUGCUACGUGA